GUCUGGCCUGUCCAGCCAACUUUAAUCUCAGGGUCCUGGGAUUUCACUCAUACCUUGGGUGAUCCAUGAAUUGGAGAGAGAAAACGAGGUUGGGGAGAGAUGUAUUCUUUUGGCCUAUGCGAAAGAUGGUUUGGGCCUUAAGUGGGGUAAGCCUAUUCAGCUCAGAGUCACAAAAAGGGCCUGAGCGGUUUCUACAGCAACGCUAGGAGGGUGUGGCCCCUCUGCGCCUGGUUGAGGGUUCCUCCUAAACCUCUGCAGGGAUCCCUGUCUGUGACAGCCGGAUGCAGCUCCUCCGACUUCCUGCCCUCACCCGGACAGACUCUCUCCUCUUCCAGCAAAUGUACACAGAGGUUUCACUAGAGACCCAUCACCACGCUCAGCCUUGCAAGGAAUUGAAAAUAAUAAAAGGCAGCUCACCACCCCUAGCUCCACGAGACUCAGGAUCAAGGACUUCAAUGGAUACAAACAAGGCAAGGAAACGCAGUUUGACAACCUUCCCAAUUUUGAAAGCAAGGAAGAAGCAGAGUUUCACCUCUGUGAAGGGCCCCACUCUUCCUCCUGAGAUCUACAUGGUUGAGAGUAAGCCUUUGGGUCACCUCCAGAAGCCAUCCUCCAAGAACAAGAAGCUGAGAGUGAACCGAUGUCCACAAAAGAUUCCAAGUAACACGGCGUUCCCUUUUGUGGACACAAAGGGGAAGAGGAACACAGUUAACUUCCCCCAGAUUGGCAACAAAGUCCCAUCAAAGGGGCCCAUGCAGUAUCAGGAAAAUCAAAUUCAUAAUCAAGUGCUAUCCUCUGAACUCAAGACUUCAGAAAUACCUUUCAACAUUAACACCAAAGCCCAAGACACCAAGCCACACCCAGAACUACAAAAGAAGCACAAAGUCCCUCUUACAGUAGCAGAGGCCCUAAAGUUCUUUAAGAAUCAGCUGUCCCCUUAUGAGCAAAGCGAAAUCCUGGGCUACUCAGAGCUGUGGUUCCUGGGCCUUGAAGCCAAGAAGCUCAACGUGGUUCCAGAGAAGUUCAGCAAGACAAGCUUUGAUGAUGAGCACGGUUCCUAUAUGAAGGUCCUGCAUGACCACAUUGCCUACCGAUAUGAGGUUCUGGAGAUGAUCGGGAAAGGGUCCUUUGGACAGGUGGCCAAGUGCUUGGAUCACAAAAACAAUGAGUUGGUGGCCCUGAAAAUCAUCAGGAACAAAAAGAGAUUUCACCAUCAGGCUCUGGUGGAGCUGAAGAUCCUGGAAGCCCUCAGAAGGAAGGACAAAGACAACAACCACAAUGUGGUCCACAUGAAGGAUUUCUUCUACUUCCGGAAUCACCUCUGUAUCACCUUUGAGCUCCUGGGAAUCAACCUGUAUGAGUUGAUGAAGAACAACAGCUUUCAUGGCUUCAAUCUGUCCAUAGUUCGGCGCUUCACCUUUUCCAUUUUGAAAUGCUUACACAUGCUUUAUGUAGAGAAAAUCAUCCACUGUGACCUCAAGCCGGAAAAUAUUGUGCUAUACCAGAGGGGCCAAGUCACUGUUAAAGUUAUUGACUUUGGGUCAAGCUGUUAUGAACACCAGAAAGUGUAUACGUACAUCCAAAGUCGUUUCUACCGAUCCCCAGAGGUGAUUCUGGGACACCCCUAUAACAUGGCCAUUGACAUGUGGAGCCUGGGCUGCAUCAUGGCGGAGCUGUACACCGGAUACCCACUGUUCCCUGGGGAGAACGAGGUGGAGCAGCUGGCUUGCAUCAUGGAGGUGCUGGGCCUGCCACCUGCCCACUUCACCCAGACAGCCUCCAGGAGACAGGUAUUCUUUGAUUCCAAAGGUCUUCCCAAAAAUAUAAACAACAACAGAGGGGGAAAAAGAUACCCAGAUUCCAAGGAUCUCACGAUGGUGGUGAAAACCUACGAUUCCAGCUUCCUGGACUUUCUCAGAAGGUGUUUGGUGUGGGAGCCUUCUCUGCGCAUGACCCCCGAGCAGGCCCUCAAGCAUGCCUGGAUUCACGAGCCGAGGAAAUUCAAACCACGGCCCAAGCCACAGAUAUUAAGGAAGCCUGGUGCCAGUAUUUCCUCUGAGAUAAGCACGGAAAAGGCUGAAGAGCAACAGGCCAGCAAAGGCAAAAAAGAUGAGGCUACCAAAGAAACUACAGACAAAUUGAAGGACGAAGCUGAGAAGCACCUUGAGAAUUCGGGCAAACAGCAGAGCUCUGUGGAGCACACAGCAGACACCAUCCAGCUGCCUCACCUAACAGAAGCUUCUGGAAAGUCAGAGACUGUUGCUGGGUCAGAGAUGUCCGCAGAACAGCAGAGCACCUCCUCCCCCAAGAGCACAAACAUCUUACCACCCAUCGUGUGACCCUCGUGGCAGGCGGGCAUGUCCCGCUCCCUUCCGCCACCAAUUUGUAUUAGAGAAGGCACUUUGAUUGUACAAUACUUCACAUUGCUUUUUUAAUGCAUAAAGGUUUGUAAGAAAAAUCAGACUCUGCCCCCAUGGUGAGUUAGCAUGAUUCCUCCAGAGGAGGUUGGCAGGGCUGGGGGAGUGGUCUUUACCUGAGCUCACCUUUUUAGGGUGUGUUUAUGUGUGUGCAGUGGUGUGUGUUGUGCUGAAUGCUACAGCCUCAUUAAUGGAAUUCUAAAUAAAACGAGAUCUUUUCUUG